CAAACUGUUUGUUUUCGUUAUUUAAAAACUAGAUUCACUUGUUGAACGUAGAUACCUUCCGUGUACGUGUUUUCUGUCAGGUCUUCGUGUUUUGUUGAUUAGAUUAUUUGUUUUCAGUCGUUUGCGCAUCGUCAAAGUCUUCAAAAGUCAAAAAUCACGCAAAAAAAAUGUUCCGUCUCGCCAAGACUUUUUCGCCGAAUUUUUUCAUGCGGCAACUUUUCGACACGGAAACGAGCACCUUCACUUACCUUUUGGGCGAUUUGGCAUCUCGCGAAGCUGUCAUCAUCGAUCCGGUGCUGGAAAAAGCCGUGCGCGACUCAACUUUGAUCAAGGAACUCGGCUUCAAGUUGAAAUACGCCAUGAACACGCACAUGCACGCCGAUCACAUCACAGGCACGGGAUAUUUGAAAAAACUCCUGCCGGGCACUUUGAGUGUCAUUGCCAAAGCGAGUUCAGCUCAAGCGGAUGUUUAUUUGAACGACAAGGACAAAAUCGAUUUUGGAGCGUUUGAAAUUGAAGCUGCUGCCACGCCGGGACACACAAACGGAUGCAUGACGUACAUUUUGCACGAUCAGGGAAUCGCCUUCACGGGAGACACUUUGCUGAUUCGCGGUUGCGGAAGAACGGAUUUCCAGGAGGGAAGCGCCAAACAACUUUACAAGUCGGUGCAUGAGAGAAUUUUUACGUUGCCAGAUAAUUUUAGACUUUUUCCGGCGCACGAUUACAAAGGACAAACCGAAACGACAGUUUAUGAGGAGAAAAAUUUCAAUCCAAGGUUAACGAAGGACGAAGCAACGUUUAUUAAUAUCAUGGAUAAUUUGAAUUUGGCUUAUCCGCGAUUUAUUGAUAAAGCAGUUCCCGCUAAUAAAGUUUGUGGGCUUCAUGAUAUCCCGGAAGAUAAGUGAUUUUUGUGAUAAGAUAAUUUUUUUAAAGGAGGUUUGGAAU